CGAGAACGAUCGCAUCCUGAUCGAUGCCUAUUACUUGACCAAUUUCGAAGAUUCUCAGCCAGAGGACGUGAUAGCACGGAGGAAUGCCUGUUAAUCAAUACAUCACUAUGUUAUCAAGAAAUUGCCUCCAUAUCUCCUCAGAUAAGCCCGUAAUCGAUAAACCGAGGUAUAAUCAUCCCAAUGGGGAAGGUAGACGCGCUUCGGCCGGCAAAGGAUUGUGCUCCGGAGUAGUGUAGAUGUUCUCCUCAUGCGGAGCAACUUGGCGCUAAGGCCAUUCGGCUAUAUAGAUUGUCUUGAUCCGGACCUUGUAUCUUCACAUCACUGACACUGGCUAACAGAGAUGGGCGAAAUUCCUGCGACAAAGUGCAACUGGGAGACCAGGGUGGCGGAGAAGCGCGAACAACUGGAGCUACAAAUUCCCCAAGACUGGCGUCUGAAUGCCACAUUUCUAUCCACGCUCCCAUCAAAUGGCCACCUCGUAGAAGCGGACAUCCCACGUCAUAGUGGACUUCUCUCCGACGAAGAGUUGGAUAUCACUGAACAUUACACUGCGGCACAGUUGCUGCAGAAGCUUGCCUGGGGUGAGGUGACCUCGCUCGCAGUGACCACGGCUUUCUGCAAACGGGCAGCCAUAGCCCAGCAAUUGACGUCAUGUCUGACAGAACAUUUCUUCGACAGAGCGCUCGAGCGUGCACAAUACCUGGAUGAUUAUCUGAAGCGAGAGAAACGGGUUAUGGGCCCCUUGCACGGCUUACCAAUCAGUCUCAAAGAUAGCUUCUGCAUCAAGGGGAUUCAAAGUACGGUGGGAUAUGUCUCAUUCUUGGAGAACCCACCGGCGGAGACAAACUCUGCUCUGGUGGAUCUCUUACUCGACUUAGGUGCAGUCCUUUAUGUUAAGACCAAUAUUCCGCAGACGAUGAUGGUAGGCGAUUCAGAGAAUAACAUCUACGGUCGCACAUUGAACCCACACAAUACAAGCCUGACGGCCGGAGGCUCCUCCGGUGGUGAAGGAGCUCUCGUGGCCUUCCGGGGCUCAAUCCUCGGCGUUGGAACUGAUAUCGCAGGGUCUAUCCGAAUUCCGUCGCUGUGCUGCGGUGUUUAUGGGUUUAAACCCACCGCAGACCGUAUUCCAUUCGGCGGACAGGUGUCAGGGGCAAUCGAAGGCGUGCCCGGCAUAAAGCCCGCGGCAGGGCCACUGGCUCAGUCAUUAGAUGACAUUGAGUUGUUCAUGUCAACUAUCCUCAAAGCUGAGCCCUGGCGAUAUGACGUGAGUACAAUUGGGUCGCCUUGGGUGACGACAUUGAAAUUGCCCUCGUUAUUAACCAUCGGAGUCCUCGGCGAGGACCCUGAAUUCCCAAUCCAUCCUCCAGUGCGCCGAGCAAUGGAGUCGGCAAUCACUGCACUAGCUAAAAAAGGACAUAGAAUAGUGCGGCUGGCACAUGUGCCUUCACGAGGCGUUGCAUACGCGAGUCGUCUAGCUUUUCAAUAUUUCACUUAUGGACCACACGUCGAUCAUAUCGUCGCCAGUGGAGAGCCAUUAGUGACAUCAGUCGCGAAAUUAGCCAAUCCCAUGUUCACUGGGCCAUUUCCUGUAGAUCAGGAACUGGGGAUCUUUGAGAAAAUUGACGGACUCCAUAACGCGAAAAAGGCUUACGCUGAAGAAUGGUGCAGGACAUGGGUCCAACACGACAUAGAUGUUCUGUUAACACCUGGAGCCCAGAAUACAGCCACGCCCCAUGAUACAUAUGGGUGGCCGCCGUACACGGUCAUCUGGAACCUUCUGGAUUACCCUGCGUGCAUUUUGCCGUACAGCAAAGCUUCGAAGUCGCUUGAUCCAGACCCUAUGCCAAUACAUGACGGAGUUCAGCCGAGCUAUGAACCUGACUCCGUCGAUGGAGCUCCAUGUGCUCUUCAAAUCGUAACGCCUCGCCACCAAGAUGAGAAAUGCCUUCUCUUUUCCCGAUUGAUCGACAAAGACAUUCGGUAA